AUGAAGCAGAAUGAAAAGAUGAAUCAGAUGAACCUGUUCUCCAAGCAGAUCGACAAGAAGGAGCCGGUGAAGGGUGGCCUCAUGUCCUACACCCUGACUGACCUGAAGAUCCCCCUCUCCUAUGAGAUCCGCCUGGCCCCCAUCACCACCUACAGCACAGGAGACUAUGUCAGUCGCACCAUCAAGUACUCAGAGCGUGAGUAGUGUCCGGCGACUGGCUUGCAUCUGCAGCCAAAAUGGACACUCUUUAGUUAGUGUCUGAUAAUAAAAAUAACUAAUCCAUAGCUAUCCAUAGCUGGCCAAGCAGGGUUGGGGUCAAUUCCAUUUCAAUUCCAGUCAAUUCAGAAAGUAAACCAAAUUCCAAUUCCAAAUGUUCCUAAUUGAAAAGCAUUUAAGAGCAUUGGAAUUUCAUUUUACUUCCUGAAUUGACUGGAAUUGAAAUGGAAUUGACCCCAACCCUGUGGCCAAGUAGGCCCUUUUUGUUAUGUUCAUUUAGGCAAUUAUUUAAAUACAUUUUAAAAUGUGCAUUACUACACAGUUUUAUGAAAGUGUAUUGUGAUAAUCAAUGUGUAUUUCCUUUUUUAUAGCCUACAAUUACCCAAGACCUUCAGGUAAGAGUACCAUGAAACAAAUUGAUGAAGUGCAUGUAUGUCGCCGAGUGGGACGUAAAUCGUAAUAGAUCAUGUUUCUAUUAUAACACUGUCGUGAAUGGGGAACAGAGAGAGACAGGCUUCAUCCCAAGUGGAAUCUAAUUCCCUGUUAGUGCACUAGGGCUGACAGUGUGUCGCAGGCGUAAUUUGUGUGUAUGUGCGAGUGAGUGAAUGAGUGGGUUGGUUGGUGUGUGUGUGUGCGUGUUUGUGUUCUGUAGUCAUCCACAACACAUGCAACAAUGGGUAUUAUUGCUGAAGAGCAUAAAUGGAGUGCCUGUGUGUUCCGUGUGUAAUUGCGAUGUAUCAUAGUCCCUCCAUCGACAGUGCUUAGUGAAUUUCAUAGCCAGCAGUGGAUUCAUGUAAUGGGUUGAAAUUGAUGUGAUGGUUGGUUGUUCUUGGUAGCAACUGUGUGGAUAGUUGGAUAAUCAGUUUUAGUUAGUUUGUGUGAUUCAGAGUUGAAACAGCCAGAUAAUUAUUGCUGGAAUGCUAAGAGGCGAUUGAAGUGGGGUUGCCCAUGUGAUUCACUGGUCAUUUUAAAACUUCAAACUUCUCUCGUAAGUUUAUUUUCUCUCCCGCUCCGCCUCUCCCUACUAUAUCUCUCUUUCAUAUUUUCUUUCAUACUCUCCCUCUCUCUUGAUAAUGUGUCACUCUUUCUAUAACACAUUCCUUCUUUCACGUCUCUCUUUCUGACAGACCAUGUCUGUGGCUUUGAGGACGAGCACAUCUGCGGUUUCUCCCAGGACCGUGGCGACAAUUUUGAUUGGACAAGACAGAACCACCUGACCCAGAACCCCAAGCGCUCGUCCAAUACCGGCCCAGAGAUGGACAGGAGUGGCACCAAAGAAGGUAGGCUACACUCUUAGACGUAAAGGAGCCUGGAAGAACCUUUUGAGGUUCAAAAAAUUGCCACACAGGGGGAACCUUCCCAGGUCACAAAGGUUCCUCGAGAAACUCCUCUAACAGGUUCUUCGAGGAAAUACUGUGACAUGAUGCAUAUCAAAAUACGCGUAUACUGGGCUGCCUGUGUAAAGGUUCAAACAGGAAACUUUUUGUUAUGGAAGGGGUAAAAAUGUUUACCUUUUUAAUAAUAUAUUGUAGCAGCAGCCUAUCAGAAGAUUGGAGGCAUGGCCUAAUGUCAUUCCUGUUCAUCAUAUAAAGUUUGUACACUACAAAUACAACAUUUCCUUGAAUGUUUAUUCAUAUUACAAAUGCUAAUGUAAUAUUAAUGUUGCUGAUUACAUAGAGCGCCAUGACAGUCAUUCAAAAUGCAUUGACCUCUUUAUAUAGUAAUAAAGUGGUAGUUAUAGCAACAUUGGGAUUUGCAUAGGCUCUUGGGGAACUGACACACAUCUUUAAGCCUUAUUGAAGCUACAAAACUGUCAGUGUUCAACCUUAACAUGUGAUGACAAUACAACAGAACAGAUGAACAGGAAUUAUGUUUACUGUCACUCAUACUAAGCCACUCCCUGAUGUAUUUAUUUUUCUUCCCUGGCUACAUUAGAGUCAAUGAACUAAGUAGACCAGACCCAGCUGCUAUCACACUGGUGUUUAUGGGAGAGCCACCCCCUAAGCAGACCGGAGCUGACCAUUCUUUUCGAUGGUAACGGCCUGAGUUAACUAUCUUCAUUUAUCCACCAUCUCUGGUUGGCUCAUCCAAACAACCAAGCAUUUUUCAGAGUGAAGGCUAGUUCGAAGAUAAUGGGGCCAUACUUGCAACCAUUUAGUUAAAAGGGUUCUCCAGCUCAAAAUAUGUAUCAACCAAUAAAAAUCAUUGAUUUACUUGCAUGAGACAGAACGCUAAAUUGUAGCUUGUCCAAUCAGAUAAUAUGGCACACAUUAUCCCUAUGCUAACUUCAACAGGUGGCACUGAACAUAUCCUGGCACGAGUGCAUCAGCCAAUUAAAAUAGUUGAAGAAGUUGGACGUGUUCCAACACUUGUUCAUGGAUGGAAGCAUCCUUAAGAUACCUAACCAACAUCACGUUCUGAUCAUCAAAGCAACUAUCACUUGUAGUGACUGGUCAAAUUGCUCUCUGGGUAAAGUGCCCAGUACAUUUAAAUUGUUGCACAUUGUGACAAGGGUUUAAAUCUCACAAGUUUUUCCUUCCUUUUGCAAUUUUGAUUUACAUGUAUUGUGUUAGUGUGCAGUGCUUGACGUGGACUACAUUUAGGUGCUGGUACUCAUUUUGGGUGCCGAUAACUGUUCAUAUUUAGGUGCAGAAACUUCACAAUACCUUUGAGCUAAUAUUUUAUAAGAGGUGCAGGAACUCAAGCAGUAGAACAUUUGAGGUAACGGUACUUAGUUCUGGUGAGCUUCUGCCCAAGUCAAGCACUGUUAGGGUGUUGAAAAGGCACGCCUACAGCCAACAGCUUGAAAAUGAAGAUGAUGAAUUAAUUUAAUAAGGAGCUACCUCUUUCUUCAUCCAUGUACACAAACACACUGGUGUUGCCUUAUAAUCAUAUUGCAUAGGCUAUAUUACAUGGCUUAUAACGUUUUAUAUGCGUUAUUAGACUCAAAAAGGAUGAACAUUACAAAGUGUACAGUAGGUAGUUUGCACUCUCGUUAUCAUUCUACAGAUGUCAGUAUUGCAGUUCUUUUAAAGAAGUUUAUCGAGUCUACAGAACACGAAAUCGACAGUCUUAAGGUAAGAAGACAGUUGGCUGUCAUUGGUAUAUUCUUAUGUAGGCUACACUUACAUGCAGGCUAACCGCCAUGCAUUAUUAUAAUCAUCUACAGUGGGGAAAAAAGUAUUCAGAAGAUCACAUUGCAGGAUUUUUAAUGUAUUUAUUUGCAAAUUAUGGUGGAAAAUAAGUAUUUGGUCAAUAACAAAAGUUUCUCAAUACUUUGUUAUAUACCCUUUGUUGGCAAUGACACAGGUCAAACGUUUUCUGUAAGUCUGCACAAGGUUUUCACACACUGUUGCUGGUAUUUUGGCCCAUUCCUCCAUGCAGAUCUCCUCUAGAGCAGUGAUGUUUUGGGGCUGUCGCUGGGCAACACAGACUUUCAACUCCCUCCAAAGAUUUUCUAUGGGGUUGAGAUCUGGAGACUGGCUAGGCCACUCCAGGACCUUGAAAUGCUUCUUACAAAGCCACUCCUUCGUUGCCCGGGCGGUGUGUUUGGGAUCAUUGUCAUGCUGAAAGACCCAGCCACGUUUCAUCUUCAAUGCCCUUGCUGAUGGAAGGAGGUUUUCACUCAAAAUCUCACGAUACAUGGCCCCAUUCAUUCUUUCCUUUACACGGAUCAGUCGUCCUGGUCCCUUUGCAGAAAAACAGCCCCAAAGCAUGACGUUUCCACCCCCAUGCUUCACAGUAGGUAUGGUGUUCUUUGGAUGCAACUCAGCAUUCUUUGUCCUCCAAACACGACAAGUUGAGUUUUUACCAAAAAGUUCUAUUUUGGUUUCAUCUGACCAUAUGACAUUCUCCCAAUCCUCUUCUGGAUCAUCCAAAUGCACUCUAGCAAUCUUCAGACGGGCCUGGACAUGUACUGGCUUAAGCAGGGGGACACGUCUGGCAUUGCAGGAUUUGAGUCCCUGGCGGCGUAGUGUGUUACUGAUGGUAGGCUUUGUUACUUUGGUCCCAGCUCUCUGCAGGUCAUUCACUAGGUCCCCCCAUGUGGUUCUGUGAUUUUUGCUCACCGUUCUUGUGAUCAUUUUGACCCCACGGGGUGAGAUCUUGCGUGGAGCCCCAGAUCGAGGGAGAUUAUCAGUGGUCUUGUAUGUCUUCCAUUUCCUAAUAAUUGCUCCCACAGUUGAUUUCUUCAAACCAAGCUGCUUACCUAUUGCAGAUUCAGUCUUCCCAGCCUGGUGCAGGUCUACAAUUUUGUUUCUGGUGUCCUUUGACAGCUCUUUGGUCUUGGCCAUAGUGGAGUUUGGAGUGUGACUGUUUGAGGUUGUGGACAGGUGUCUUUUAUACUGAUAAGAAGUUCAAACAGGUGCCAUUAAUACAGGUAACGAGUGGAGGACAGAGGAGCCUCUUAAAGAAGAAGUUACAGGUCUGUGAGAGCCAGAAAUCUUGCUUGUAUGUAGGUGACCAAAUACUUAUUUCCCACCAUAAUUUGCAAAUAAAUUCAUAAAAAAUCCUAAUAUGUGAUUUUCUGGAUUUUUUUCUUCUCAAUUUGUCUGUCAUAGUUGACGUGUACCUAUGAUGAAAAUUACAGGCCUCUCUCAUCUUUUUAAGUGGGAGAACUUGCACAAUUGGUGGCUGACUAAAUACUUUUUUUCCCCACUGUACUUUGUCACAUGCAUUUUGAAUCGAGCGUAGAGUAAGAGCUAGCAGUGAACUGUUUUUUCCUCAACAAGAAAGCUUUCUGUGAGGGGGGCUCAAACCCACGGUUAAAGUGGACAAUUAACUUUGAGGCAACCGCUUUAGCAGCGUGUGCCACAGAGAAGCAAUGCAGACAAUAAUAGCCUACAUGACUGCUAUUGACAAAUGACAAAUCCAUAAGGCUCUUCGUUAAAGCACAUGGAUGUGUGUGAAACUGAAGCAAAAACAUGGAAUUUUGUCAUGUAUGCAAAAAAAAUUGAUAAUGUUGUCUGACGUUAGUAGUAGCCUAGUCAAGGAUGCAUCAGAGCAAUAUUGACAAACAACCUUUUCUUACAGACCAACGGAACAAGUAAACCUUGAAUUUGUAGGUUUCAAAUAUCCCUCUAGUGGCCAAGGUUGACCUAUUUAAAAAAUGCCAUGGUUGGUGGAUAUAACUAACAUCUUUCAUAGGCUGAUUAAGAAGUUGUGCCAGGAUAUAAUCAGUACCACCUGUUGAGGUUAGCAUAAGGCUAACGUGUAAACACUUGAAAAAAUAACGAAAACUUGAAGUCCUAUGGGCUAUGCACACAACAAGCCUAACAGGAACACAAACAAGAUCCCACAACUAAGGUAGGCAACCAGGCUACCUAAGUAUGAUCCCCAAUCAGAGACAACAAGCGACAGCUGCCUCUGAUUGGGAAUCACACCCGGCCAAACAUAGAAAUACAAUGACAUAGAAUGUCCACAUAGAAAUUCCCACACAUAGAAUAUUCACACCCUGACUCACCAACUAGCCAACUCUAUGUCAGGGCGUGACAGUACCCCCCCCCCCCCCCCCCCCCCCCCCCCAAAGGUGCAUACUCCGGCCGCACCAACCUGACUCAUUAGGGGAGCACCAAGCCCUGUCUGGACCCUGGUGUGGGAGGCCCCGACCCUGGAGAGGGGCUGACUUCUGGGUCUGGACUGGAGCCGCUGACCGGAGCUGAACUGGGAACACGCACCACUGGUCUGGUGCGAGGAGCAGGCACGGGUCGUGCCGGACUGGAGACACGCACCACUGGUUUGGUGCGGGGAGCAGGUACAGGCCAUACCGGACUGGGGAGCAGGUACAGGCCAUACCGGACUGGAUACGCGCACCACUGGUUUGGUGUGGGGAGCAGGUACGGGGCGUACCGGGCUGGCGACACGCACCACUGGUUUGGUGCGGGGAGCAAGUACGAGCCGUACUGGACAGGAUACGCGCACCACUGGUUUGGUGCGGGGAGCAGGUACGGACCGUACUGGACUGGAUACACGCACCACUGGUUUGGUGCGGGGAGCAGGUACGGGGCGUACCGGGCUGGCAACACGCACCACUGACUUGGUGCGGGGAGCAGGUACGGGCCGUACUGGACUGGAUACAUGCACCACUGGUCUGGUGCGGGGAGCAGGUACAGGGCGUACCGGGCUGGCGACAGGCACCACUGGUUUGGUGCGAGGAGCUGGCACAGGCCGUAUCGGGCUGUGGAGACGCACUGGAGGUCUGGAGAGUAGAGCUGGCACAACCCGUCCUGGCUGGAUGCCCACUUCCGCACGGUACGUGCGUGGCGUUAGCGCAGGACGCACUGGACUGUGCAGGCGCACUGGCGACACAGUGCGUAUCUCCGCACAACAUGGAGCCUGCACGGUCACAUGCUUCUUAGCGCAAAUACGGGGAGUUGGCUCUGCUCUGAACCCUGGCUACGCCAACCACCCUGUGUGCCCCCCAAAAAAAAAUUAUUGGGGCUGCUUCUCGGGCUGUCUUCGUGACCGAGUCCUUUUAAGGCGCCGUUUCUCUCCUACCUGGGCUUCCUCCUUCGUCCAGGGUCCUUUAUCAGCUACACUCUCCUUCUCCACCCUCAUCCUUUCAGGGCCUCCAUAUACUUGGCCAGAUCCUCUCUUAUCUCCACCCAAGUCUAUGAUCUCUGCUCCUCCUGGGCACGCUGCUUGGUCCUUGUUUGGUGGGCGUGGUGCAGCGUGGUGUGCGUACAUAUUUAUUAAAACGAAUAAACACUAGACAAAAUAACAAAACAACGAAAACGUGACGUCCUAUGGGCUAUACACACAACAAGCCUAACAGGAACACAAACAAGAUCCCACAACUAAGGUAGGCAACCAGGCUACCUAAAUAUGAUCCCCAAUCAGAGACAAUGAGCGACAGCUGCCUCUGAUUGGGAAUCACACCCGGCCAAACAUAGAAAUACAACGACAUAGAAUGUCCACAUAGAAAUUCCCACACAUAGAAUAUUCACACCCUGACUCACCAACUAGCCAACUCUAUGUCAGGUCGUGACAAUGGAUGAGUAAUGAUAAGCAAUCUUUAUUCUCCUUUUCAAGUGUGGAGCUGCAGCAUUUCUGAUCUAGGAUCAGGUCCCCCCUCUUAUUCAUUAUGGCUUAGGCCAGCACUCCUACUCUUAGGCACUUUGUGAAUAUGGGCCCAGGUCUUUUGAGCAGUAAUGAUCCGAAAAGGACCUAAAAUCUACUCAACAUAUUUUUUAAACUAUUGACACAGGGCCGAUGAGGAUGUACUAACGUAGGUACACAUUAUUUCAUAGCACUUACAACUGUCAUACCUAUUUGCAGCAUGCAGAAUUCACCAGGAUUUACAAAUAAAUCCACAUGUAAAAGGGGACCAAAUCCACUGUCUCUAACCCAACCCUCUGUCUCCACUCUCUCACCCUUCUAGGUUGCUACAUGUACAUUGAGGCCUCUCGUCCCCGGGUCCUGGGGGACACUGCCCGUCUCAUGUCCCCCCUCUACAACGUGACCGCUGCCAGGGGCCCCAAGGGCUCUGGUCGUCUCCCCUACUGCGUCUCCUUCUUCUACCACAUGAAGGGCAAGCACAUCGGUGAGUACAUAAACCACACCGGUUCAGAAGUAAAUGUAAGUAGCCUUGUCCGAGCCAGAAUGUUUUUGUAG